AUAGAUAGUUAUCUUAGGAGAUUUGAGCGUUAUGCUACUGCUCAAAAGUGGAAACCUGAUAUUUGGGCCACUCAUCUUAGUGCGUUAUUGAAGGGCAAGGCUCUUGAUGUAUAUGCACUUAUGCCGGUUGAUAAAGCUCUUGAUUAUCCAGCUUUGAAAGAUGCUCUACUAAAAAGGUAUGAUAUGACUGAAGAAGGAUUUAAACGUAGAUUUAGAAGUUGUAGACCAGAGCCAGGUGAGACUUUUAUACAGUUUUCUGUUAGGUUAGAUAGCUAUUUUAAGCGUUGGAUUGAUAUGGCACAUACAGAUACUACUUAUAUAAGUUUGUAUGACUUGAUUAUACGGGAUCAGUUUCUACAUAUAUGUUCGAAGGACUUGUCUUUGUUUUUAAAAGAGAGAAUACCAGAUUCUUUAGAGAAAAUGGUAGCUUUAGCUGAUCAGUAUCGUGAGGCAAGACAAACAAGUGCUUCCAAUCUUAUAGAUAAAGGUAAUCAGUCAAACACAUCUUCAGUAAGAAACCAAAGUGGUUCGAAACCAGUUGAUUAUAGUACAAAGAAAGAACAGAGAAGUAUAAAACCAACAGAACGUACUUCAUUUGUACCUAAUAGGGACAGAAAGUGCUUUAGGUGUGGUAAGAAUGGACAUAUUGCAACGGAUUCUAGAGUUAAUCUACAAAAGACCAACAGUGGAUCGUCAGACGAUAGAAAGAAUUUUAAAGGUAAAGUAUGUAAUACCUGUACUAUACCUACAGAUUCUAUAGUAGAUGCUAUUCCUACUGGUUGUACAAGUACACUUCCGUUGUCUUGUCAGUCAACCGCAAAUGUAAGUAUGCCUGUAAGUUCAGGUUAUGUUGAUGGUAAACCAGUCACGGUUUUACGAGAUACUGGUUGCAGUGGUAUUGUGGUUAAACGUGAUAUGGUUGGCAAUGAGUCAUUAACGGGUGGAAAACAGGUAUGUAUUUUGGCAGAUGGAACCAGAGUUGAAGUGCCAAUAGCUAGAAUUGAUAUAGAUACACCAUAUUUACAGGGAGAAUUUGAAGGAUGGUGUAUGGCUAAUCCUGUGUAUGACUUGAUAAUUGGUAAUGUAGAGGACGCUAGAGAACCAGGAAAGCCUGAUCCUUUGUGGCAACAAACGGGAGCUGUUGAGACAAGAGAACAGGUAAGAAACAAAAGUAAGCCGUUUGUGCAACUGAAGGUAAAAGAUAUCAUCACAGAUGAGGUAAAUCCAAAUGUAAUCAAGAAAGCUCAACUAGAAGAUACAACGUUGGAUAAAAUAAGAAGGUAUGUAUUAACGGGUGAUACAGUUACACGGAAGAAUGGAAAAGUAAAGUGGAUUUUAAAAAGAGGUAUGAUAUACAGACAGUUUUCGUCGUCAAAACCUGAUAGGUCUAUGCCGUUGAUAAAUGAGCCGUUUAAACGCGUAGCAGUUGAUCUCAUUGGACCUCUUUUUCCAAGAACAGACAGAGGUAGUAGAUAUAUACUGACUUUGGUAGAUUAUGCUACACGUUAUCCUGAAGCAAUAGCUUUGAAGGAUAUUGAGACAGAGAGUGUUGCUGAGGCAUUAGUAGAUAUAUUUUCUAGAGUAGGAGUUCCACAGGAAAUGUUAACUGAUAUGGGAAGUCAGUUUACAUCUAAGCUUAUGGCUGAGGUAGACUACAGAAUACAGAUGAAUGGGAAGAUUAAAACGUUCCAUGCAAACUUAUUGAAAAGGUAUGUGGAAAGGUGUGACGUAGAUGAUGAUUUAACAGUGGUAAGUUCUGCAGUGAUAGAUACUGAUAGUGACCAAGUGGAUGUUUAUGAUGAGAUUCAUGAAAUACCUUUUACUGAUUCAGGUGAGAAUGCUAGUCAUAUUGAUGUUAAUCCAGACUUGGAUGAAAAUCAGAUAUUACAGGUAAAGGAAUUGCUGUUUUCAUUUCCUGAAGUCUUUACUGAUUCUCCAGGAUGUACCGAUCUUCUGGAGCAUGACAUUAAAUUGUCCAGUGAAACGCCUAUAAGGAUGAAACCGUAUCCUAUUCCAUAUAGUAUGUUAGACACAGUAAAUGCUGAGGUUAGUAAAAUGUUAGACCUUGGAGUUAUAGAAGCAUCUACGAGUCCUUAUGCGUCACCGAUCGUCAUUGUUAAGAAGAAGGACAAUACAAACCGAUUUUGUAUUGAUUUUAGGUCGUUAAAUAGCCAGACUUUGUUUGACGCUGAACCGAUGGGGAAUGCAGAAGAGAUGUUUUCUAAGUUAGCAGGACAUAAGUACUUUUCACGAAUCGAUUUAUCAAAAGGAUAUUGGCAGUUACCGUUAUCAGAGGAUGCCAAACCGAAAACCGCUUUUCAAACACCUAAAGACAAGGUUAAAGCGAUAGAAGAAGCUCCACGACCAGUUACAAAGAAACAGCCACUUACUUAUCUUAAUAAGAAGAAAGUAGAGAAUGCUAGACUUAUGAGGUGGGCAUUAGCUCUACAGCCUUACAGAUUUAGAAUUGUAGCAGUUAAAGGUAUAGAUAAUGUGGGUGCAGAUUAUCUCAGUAGAGUUUAG